GGAUCUUGGCUGAGAACCCAUCAAAAACACCUUGUGUAAUGAAAACCCGGAUAUAUAAUCUGCCCCUAUAUAUUCUGCGUGCACUGAGGGCCCUCACCCCACCCCGGGACCUGGUGCAGACGUGGAGCCUGUCUCAAACAACCACUGCUUGAAGGGAAAAAAGAAGCAAAUGAUACCAAGAGAAGCCCACAACAGAGAUCUAUUCACCAGAUGUGCACGGAUGAAAAUACAGUGAGAUGAGUCAGAAAGUGGUUAAGGAGGGCCCCAGACUCUCCAAGAACCAGAAGUUCUCCGAGCACUUCAGCAUACAUUGCUGCCCGCCGUUCACCUUCCUCAAUUCCAAACGCGAGAUCGUGGACCGCAAGUACAGCAUCUGUAAAAGUGGCUGCUUCUACCAGAAGAAAGAGGAGGACUGGAUCUGCUGCGCCUGCCAGAAGACCAGAACCAGCCGCCGCGCAACGUCCCCUCAGAGGCCCAAGCGCCAGCCAGCUGCACCCCCCGCGGUGGCCAGAGCACCAGCCAAGCCACGGUCCCCUCCGAGGCCCGAACGUCAGCCACGCCCCCGCCCAGAAGUCCGACCUCCACCAGCCAAGCAGCGGCCCCCUCAGAAGGCCAAGCAGCAGCCGCGCAGCAGCCCCCAGAGAGGGCAAGGCACCAGCCGUGGGGGGUCCCCCGUCAAAGCUUCUAGGUUCUGGUAACACCAUCUCUUCCCUUUUGCUCCCCCCAGCCCUCAGAUUGAAAAAGAGGACCAAGCCGACCCCUCGGAAGAAGUGAUGGAGGAGUUUCAAGUGAACGGUCGGCCUCAGCUCCUGGACUCACUGCUUCUCGACGCACGUGCCCUGGGACAGGUCACCCGGCUUUGAAUAUGACGCAGGGGCCACCACCUGCUGAUGUGGCCACAGCCGAUGCCCAUAGUCCCCGUGGGGCGGGUGCCGCCGGGCAGCCUGCCUGGAGCAUUUUGAAAAUACUGUCCUGUGGUCUGUUGACCGCUAUAAUUGCCAAUGAGAAAUAUGCUGUCCUUCCAUUGACUCAAGUUUCUUUCAAUUUGAAGACAUGUAUCUUUCUUCAGGGAUGUGUAAUAAAACCACAAGAUAUUGUUAUACAACCAUGAUAAAGGCAAAAAUAAAAAUUAUCAGUUGUUUGCCAGGAUGUGGGAAAAAUUCAAGCCAUUGUUGAGAAUUUGUAAAUUAUUACAACAUUUCUGGGGUGUAAUCUGGGGGUACCAGCAAAAUAAGAUACUGUAUAGCCUAUGAUCAAGUAAUUAUAUUAGGCACCAAUCCUGAGACAACUUGCAUUCAUAUAAAAAGGAGAUACAAGUACAUCUGUUCAGUGAAGCAUUGCUUACCAUUGGGGGGGGGGAAAAGAGAAAGAAAUUAAUCAAAAUGUCCAUCAAUAGGAGAAUCAAUCAUGUAAUAUCCAAUAAAUAAAUCCUGAACAGCAGUUAAGUGAAUCAGGUAUUCUCACACCAGGUAGAUAAAUUUGGAAGACAAAAUGAGGAAUAUAAAAAAUAGGUGGUAAAUGCAGUGAUGCCCUAUGUAUAGAUUUUAACCACCCACAAAGCUAUAAUUGUCCAAUAUGCAGAAACAGUAAGAUCUCUCACUCUCUAGAGUGCAACAGAAUUUUUUUAAAAAAAAGAGAGAGAGAGACAAUAAAAGGCAAUCCAAGAAAUAUCUAUCCUCUUGGAAACCAAAAAGAAGAUCUGAAAUAAUUCCUGGCUUGAAGAAAUAACAGAAAUUAAAGGCUGUAUAGAAGUGGUCAAUAGUAAUAGCCAGACACAAAUGUGCUUGGGGAGGUAAGGGGGACAAAUGACCAACCUGGGGUCUCUCCAGGCUUAAAAGUCUUAGAAAACAAAGAUACUUGUUUGGAGUCCAUUUUUAAAAAUCUGAGUUGAACUGUGGUUUCUGACAGGGGAAAAGGGGAAGGUUAGAAUAUACUCCUCCCUCCCAAGCUUCCCUUGGUGACAGGCAGGAAGGCACAGUAGAGGAUAAUGGAAUGUAGUAGAAUGUGGAGGGACGUAAAAUGGGCAGUACUAGGUGGAGGGAAGCUCAGAGCAAGGAGAGCGAGUGUACGUGGGCCUGCACGGCGCUGGGGGCUGGGACGGCCAAGCACAAAUGCCUGAAGUACCAACAAGGCCACGGAUCCGUGUCCCUGAGUGGGCAUGGCCAGACGGAGCCAGGCUUGAAGGGCACGUGAGGAGCUGGGGGAGCAAUGCCAGGGGAAGUCCUGCUUGAGGUGGGGGCUGGGUGAGAGGGAGUGCCAGGAGCCGGGAGGAAGCAUGCGAGACUCAGAUGGGCUGUAGCUCAGAACGCCAUCCUCCUGGAGAGUGGAAGUUGGCCAUGUACUGUCCCGAGGCAGCUGGAAGGACAGAGUGCCCUGGCUUCCUCACGUAGGGAGGUCACUUCUCUGUGAAAGUGGUGAUGUUAAUAACAGGCAGGGAAUCGAACGACACAGAGCUUUCAGAUAGACAUGCUACCUGCCUACAUUCAGGUGCUAAACGACCAACCAAAUGAGAACCUCUAAUGAACAGUUUCCAAGGAUGAGAAAUCCGAGGUCAUUACAUUCCUGGGAAUAACACCCGGGGUGCCAUGACAGACUACCAGAAAGCACAGAUUAGUGGGCCAGCCCCACUCAGACCCAGUGAGGAAACUUCAUAUUCUUUUAGCUCGUUUUAGAUCUUGGCAAAGCCAGACCCCAUGCUCCAAGCUUGCUGGGUUCUACCCUCCAUAUCAUCUAGGAGAUACAACAAGGUUACUACAGAAUGUGACAUUGAGGAGCGAGCAUGGUGUAUAUUAAUUCAUGUAGAAAUUGUAUAUCAGCACAGAAAUGUUAAUAACUAGAAAUGACUGAAUUUUCUAUGUUGUCUGUUGUGGAAAUAAAGGCCGCUGUGGGGUGGAUCAAAAAUAUCUGGAAAUUACUUGAAACUGAUAAAUAACUAAACAGAAUGAUAACUAAAAUGUACCAUAAUUCAACUGUAUUUUUUAUCUUUUAAUGAUUGGUUCUGGGGAGCCCUAUGCAGUGAACAUUACAAAAAUCACAUGAUGCUCCAAAAGCUACUCUUGGUAAAUUUCUUGAGUGGGAAUUCCCAACUGUAACGUUUGGCAUAUUAUUCUGAUAGUUCUCUAUGUCAAUUGAUUUUGUUUUGACAUUUUGACUGGUUUUGGGAAAACUGAGGUGUGUACCAUAAAUUGUCUUGAUACGUGCUUAAA